CUCUUUUUUCCACCGUGUAAUUUUUAUUAUUAUUUGUCGUACUACCUUCCUUCAUAGACCCUGCUAUAUUUUUAGCUGCUGGCCAUAUCUCUCCCUCCUUUCCUACGCUCCCUUUACAUGACAUCAUGCACUGCCUGAACACGAUAUAAAACUGCUCAACAUACAAAGAUACAAAGAUACAAAGAUACAAAGAUACAGGCCUUUAAUAUCUCGCCUGCCACGACACCUGCGCUUCACCAAUCUGAUAGAAUCUAAUUGAAACAUAGACGCCUCCCUCGCACACAUAGACGAUGUCUUUAUCGCGCUCUCCAUCGCAGAAUUCCCUUGAGAACCAGCAGCAGCAGCAGAAGCCGGGAGACACCAGCGGGGGUGCUACAAAAAGCAUAAGCUACCCACGAAUUCUUCCUCGCGGCAACCCGGAUGAGCAUCGACAGGCGAUGGCUGAAGAGCAAGAGGUGCAGGAGAGCCAGCUGAUAAGUGAGCGACGACGCAGGAACACGCAGGCGGCCGCACGAAUGCGUGAACGACAGCGACAGCGCGAGCGCGAGCUGAUCCAGCGACGCAAUGACUUGAUGGGAAGGGUGCAUCAGCUUGAGGCAGAGCUGGCUGCAAUUCGGGAACAGCGGGUUGCUUCUGAAGCCAGCGUAACAAACCAGUACGAUAGCGUCCUCCAAGACCUCUCAAAGGAGCUCGAAAACGCCAACUCGGCAAUGUGCGCGAUUGUCGAUGAAGUCGAAAAGCUAGUUGAUAUUGUGCGAUCGGUCGACCGCUAGCUCAUACUCCAUCAUCGCUGGCGGCCAUGUCCAGCCAUUGGCUUCAUCCAUUAUAUCUCCACGCACCUCAUCCACUCUUAUUUUAUGUCAUAGCCGAAGCCAAAAAUUGCGGUGUCCAGCAGUACACGAGCACGUUUCUUGUUUUCCUUAGAUCUCGU